AUGGCGGUCAUACUGCAGCAUAAAGCUGCUCUGUCCGUAAAUCAACCGUCUUCCACUUUUUAUAGCGGGGAUAAAAAUCCCGUAAUCAAUGCAUUUCAGGAAGAAUACAAGUUAUUCUUGCAGUUUAUGAGAAAGAAAGCUUCGUCAAGCUACAGGAAAAAAGAUGACGAGGCGUUUUCGCGUGGGGCGGACACUUUGUUCAGUCUGUGGAAUUCCUAUGAAGCACGUCUUCCAACAACCUACUACCAGCAGAAAGUUAUCGAGAUGGGAGACUUUCUGGUUACUAUCAAGGAGUAUAACUUGGCAGUGUGGCAAUGCUACGGACGCUACUUAGAUCAGUUUGGUGAUCAGCAUAUUGAGGAUAUCGUGGACAUCAACAUGGUGAAAGAAAUAUUCUUCGCUGAUGGUCUGGAGACUGACAAUGCUAGUCUAACUUUCCGAGCACUUUAUGGUAAAAGUAUCUGCAACUACCAGCUGGUGUUAUUGACUGAUCCGAAACUUCAGAACACACAGUCAGUGAAGAUGUGCCUGAAGAUUCUAGCCUUCCUUAGACUUAUCACACAGGUUGUACUGCCCAGGGAACCAUUGUGCUGGCUGGUGUAUAAUGGAACCAUCCAUAUUUACAGUGUAUCCAGACAUUUGAUGACUCUGGGUCAUUCAGCAAAGGUUCUAGAGUUCCUUCUAUGGGCUUGUAUGUGUAUGGAGAACUCCGUCCCCCUGUUGUCCAUUCGGUACCUCUCAUGGCGGGCUACUCUCUACACUGCGGUGUGUCACUGCUACUAUGACUGCAAGGCUUCACAGCAAGCCGAGAGCUUUGCUCGGCGUGCCUUGACUAAAGUCAAUGAGUUGAGUCAAUUAGAGAAGAUCAGCUUGGCGCCACCUAGUGUCGAGAUUGAGAUCAUCUUUAGACAGGUUGCUGUUAAGUUGGGCAUAAUGGUGUACAAACGGGCCGUUUUCGACACGAGGAAAAAACCCAAAGGCCUACUCCGCCCUAAGACAAGAAGCAACCUGAAGGAUGCCCAGUCGCUACCGUGGCCUCGUACUGCUGUGGAGAAACUCCUGUCCGACAUGUUUGAGGGCAGCGCUGCUCAGUUCAUGGCGAUCAUCGAGACUCUGGCGGACAGUACCCGCCGGACGUUACUUACCAGCCCUGCGGCUCCGGACACUGAGGACCACAUUCUGGACACGUACACGGAACUGUUCUUUGCUGGUCUGGAGAUUAUUUCAGGAGGGGGAGGGCACAACCCACGAGGCCCCCACACAGCCACCGAUAUCAGCCUAGGAGGGGUUACACCCGAUAAGAAGAGCCUGAUGGAUCAAGCUGCCCAGUCUAAGGACGGCAUACCCAUCGGUGCCAUCGUCAAGUUUGUCAAAUGGGCGUAUAACUUUGAACAGUGGGAGGUGUACGAGACUCUUGUGGAAAUGGUCAUUGAAUAUCUGAAGGGUCAGAAUGAUCAGCACUACACCGCUGAGAUGAAGAGUCUUGAGAUCCUACAAGCCAUGGAUCCUCUCAACCCAGCCAGGAAGUCUAAGAAACCUUAUUCACAUGCUGAAGAUAGUAGCAUUGCUGACGGGCCAUCACAACCACUACCACGCUCACAGACUCCUCAGCAGCGUUCCGCCUUACCACUGAAUGAUGACAUGGUGCAACUGGCAGAGGUGCUCUAUUCAUGCGCUAAAGACCCAAUGGCAGAAUCUGUUGAUAGAGACAUGGUAGCUGACGCAACACUCUUCCUUUGGAAUCGUUGCAAGUCCGUCUUCCAGAAGGUUCAGACCGGAGCAUCAGACAGUGUGAAGUACCUUCAGAAGAUUGAUCAGCCUAAUAAAUGGGUUCACAUCCUAAGCAUUGUCCACGAGGUGAUGUACUGGUGUGGGAUUAGCACCAUGGACUCUGGAGUGACGGCUGAGGUUGCCAUCCGUCUGGCUCUAGUCCUGGAGAACAACGCUGCUAAUGAGCCUGACACAGGAAAGUUGAAGAUGAAGACAAUGAGUGGUGAGACAGGUUCUGGUGGAAGGCAAUCAACAGAGGCUGAUAACCAGUCUGUUUCUACCCUCCAGAAAGAUGCCACUCCAGUCCCCAAGUCCCCGGCCAAAUCACAAGGAGCCAGCGAGGGUGGGCGUGAUACGACGACGGGCCUGGGUCGCACCAGCACGUCUCUCUACACCGCCUCCAUCUUGAAGCUGGGCGGCAGGGAGCAACUCUUAGCCGCUCGGGAGAUACUAGAGCGAGCUCUUCAGGGGAUGUCCAACGCCAGGCAGAUUGUGGCGCUUACAGAUGGGAAGUCUAUUGCUGAUGUCAGCUGGGUUAAGGACACCACAUCUACAAAGUCUUCAAAAAAUACCGGCGUUCUUGACGCGGCCGAUAAAGACACAACAACCGAGAAAGCUGUUGAUAAUCCAGAGGGGGUUCACAACACGAUCAUGGAUCUCCAUCUUGAGUUGCUGUACAUGUACCACAGAGUGUGCAUCAAACUGGCUAACUCAUUAAACGGCGGUAGUGUGAAGACCAAGGCGGCGUCCAGCAAAGGACAGAAGAGUAGAGCCACAAGUGAGCCGCAACUGAUUCAGCGAGGUGAUGGGCACAUCGUCCACAUCGACACCCAUGAAGAGCUUCUCUCUAGCUGUGGUAAGAACAUGGUCUCUAAAGCUCUGUUCCUCAUGCAGAGGGCUUUAUCCAUGACCAAGUCUGGCACCCCGACUCAAGCACAGGGAGAAUAUUUACAGGACGCUAUUAGUCAGGUGACCAAAGCUCAAGACCAGGAGUUCAAACUGUUCAGUAACAAUGCUCCCCAGAAGCAGGGCCAGUCAACCAGUGUCCGUGAGUCAGGCGUCCCACCAGCUCCCUUGCUCCUCAGCCGCACAGACACUACCAUGGUGUUCAGACCAGGACCUUUCAAACCAAAACAAAAGGUGGCGUGGUACAGGUUGUUUGGCAGACUUGCUAGUGGUAGCAACGUUAAGGUCAGGUUGAAUGACUACUUCUUACCUGGCACUGGUGAAGAGGUUCCGGCGUACGAUUGCGAGCUUCAUGUCUCUGGUCUCCAGACCAAUGAGAAAUACGUCUUUGCUGUAGCUGCCUACACAGCCAAUGGAACCCUGAUUGGUGAUAGCAUCGGAGAUACGACUAAGUCUAUCCUGGCAUCCCACCCCCUUCCAAUACUAAUGACAUGGGCAUUCCUUAGUCAGGCUGCAUAUCAAGUGGGAUGCUACCCUAUAGGUCUGACUGCAAGUAGAGUACUAUGGGAUCACUUUGUAGCUCCAGUACCACCUCCUGAAUCUGAUAUUGAGCUGAAGACCGCAAGAGAAGACUUCCGUCUUACUCUCAGAAAACUGAAUGUCAAGACCUGUGGCGUUGCUUCCCCGGUGGUCCUACGAAUGUUUCUGACCAGUAUCUUCAUCAACGUAGAUGUGAGCGUCAGGGAAGGACAGAUUUACUGUGAUAAACUCUGUGAUCAAGGGCCCUACUCAAAAGGACAGUUACAGCGGUUAGCAGAGUGUGAGCGUAUGCUAGUUGCAAUGGAGCUAGCUGGAUGGCUAAAUGAGUCCAACCUGGCCCUACAAGCCGUAGUGCAGUGCUAUGGAUUGUUGGCUCCUAUUAUACACUACAAGAUCCCAUCUACUCCAGUUGUGCAGGUUCUGACUCGCUGCUACGCCAUCCUCUUAGAGAUGCCAGCUAGCCUCCGCCAUCGUCGUCAGCAAUCCAUCUCCGAUAGUCUCCAUCACAUGAUAGCUGUUAUUACUUACCACAUGGCGAAGGUACUAAGGGUCUGGAAGCAGAAAUCACUGGCUAAUUACAUCACUGAGACGGGAAAGAAGAUGCUGGCUAUUGAGAAGGAAUCUGAGCAGAAAGGCAAAGCAGAAGCAAUUGAUUUCAUUGAGGAUGUAGACGGAGGCGCCGGCCAGGGCGGCGCGCAAGCAGUUAAGAAGAAACGCCCUCGACGCUUCGGCCAGACCAUCUAUAACGUAGAGGGACCUAAGAAUGAAGAGCUGAGAGCCCUUGAAGCACACAUGCUCAAGCUGUCUAAACUAGCUCACAACGCCGACGAACUGACAGGGUCUGAGGAUCCUAAUAUCCUACAUGCUUUCAUUGCUGCUCUGCCGAGUAGAUAUGCCUACAAAGAAGUUGUGAAGUUUCGCCGCCGAGCUCGUUUCCUUGAGUUUGUGGUGCAGGUUGUGCAGAAGGCGUUAAGUGAAGGACUUGUAGACACUGCUAUUGAGUGGUGUGAGGAUAGUGUCUUAUGGCUUAUCAGGCGUAAUGAGCAGUUGUCAGCAGUCAAAGCCACCUUAUCUAAGCAGCCUGGAGGAGUAACGGUAGCUGGAGAUGACCCUAAGAAAUACACCGCUGCCGUUAUUGAAUACACCAAGAACAAGCCAGCUACCCUCCAAGUGCCGGCCAAGUCGCCGUCGGACCUCAAGAGUCCCAGGAGAAAGAAGAAGAAAUUUCAGCUUCUGGUCCAUCUUCGAUCCAAUCAGUUGAAGAUGUCUGAUGCUGCUAAGGCUCAACAAGAGCAGAAGGAACUUCAGGCGUUUGAGAAGUUGGAGCAGAUACUUCCGGAGUUCUACCACACCCAGAAGAAGAAGCAGAGACUGAGGAAGAUAUGCGCUGAUGAGAUCCCAUGGAGGACACAGUUAAACAUUCUGCAAGGAUUGUGCCACUUCGCUCAAUUCUUGAACAAAAUCGGAAAGAGAGACAAACUGAUGGGACCAGCAGCAGGUGAUAUAUACAGAUCUGCCUACCUAGACAACGAGUGGUUUACUUUUGAGACAGCAGGUACCCUCGUCGUUGGGUGGGAUGGCGGACCUUCCCGUGCUACAACCAGACAAGAUGAGACCAGACCAUCCAUGAACGACCCUGUCAUUGUUCAGCUUCAACAGAUGGAUGCUGGGGACGAAUAUAAGCUGCAACCUUCAGCUAUAGAGGUAGCUGCACUCGUUACAGUGGGUGAGCCGGUUCCUGUAGUCCCCUUACCCCCUGAUGAUAAGGAGUCGGACACUAUGAGGACCUAUCGCUCUAUGGAUAGUGAGAGAGCUGCUAAGGCACAUCACCAUCAUGCAGACUACGCUGGUAUUACAACCCAAGCCACUGUGGAGAGCCUCAAGAAGACAUUUGACCACCUCAAGAAGGCAGUGGUCCUUGCCCAUCGUGGCAGCCAUUGGAGCCUACUUCAGAAUGCCUGCCGUGCCCUGUGGAACUGCGCCCAUACCUCCCUCCUUCAUACCUUCGCUAGCGGUCAUACCAAUGGUCUGCUCUCCGUGGAGGCAUUGAGGAGUGUGGUGUGGAAGCCGUUCCUAGUCGCUGUGGAUUGCUUACUUGAUAUGAUGGUGUGCCUGCAGAAUGAAGCAGAAACUGUACAGAAGAAGUCAAAGAAACCUGUCUUGGUCAACAGCUGGGUGGGGACUGUCUCGGAUGAGAAGGGCGGGGCUAGUCUGAAGUUUGAGAAUCCCCUGGAUGACAUCAGCACGAUGGAUUCACGCUGGAUGAGACGGCUGGUCCUACGCGUCUUAGAGAUGUUGUAUUACGAGCAGCAGUGGGAAUGUCUAGCAGAUAUUGCCAUGAGAUUCAAUGUCCUCUCUCAAGAGCGUUAUUCUGAAUAUGUGACUCCCCUCUUGGUACAAGCCCAGCGUAAGCUCAUCUCGCGUCUGCAGGCCUACGGAGGUCCGCCCCCCGUCCAGCCGCACUUCAAGCUGGCCUCGGAGAAACUCGGCGGUGAACCCAUCACAGCUAGGAACUACAUGAACGUGCAACUGAUUGUGGAGAUCGAUCCAACCAACCUCAAGGCUAUAGAUGUUGGCGGACGGAUCGAUCCUGAAGGACAUGACGUUUAUGGAGGUGCAUCAGAUGCGGGCAAGCGCGUAUGCGUCCCGCUGGAUAUUGACGAUAGCCUGGCAGGAUUCAAACAGGCUCUGAGUGCCAGUAACUACACAGCUAGAGCAUUACAGCAUAGCCGUAGACUGCUCGUCUUGUACCUAGCCACACAACAAAAUGCACCAGCCGUACCGAGCCAUCAGAAUCUCAACAGCAGAGUUGGUUUCUCUGAGACCGACGGCCAGCCACAAAUGACCGUUCCUCCUGAUCUGUCUAAAGCUGAGUUUAAGAUCAUGUCCGAGGUACAGACUUCGGCAUUACCAAAGUCACAGCUUGGAGUGGUCAUCACAUCAUAUGAUAAAACAAUCGAGAUGCUACUAGCAAGGAAGCAGCUAGGUCUUGCUGCUCAGGCCAUGCAUGAACUAGGAAACUUAUACUACCAUGCUGCUAAUAUAAGAGCUGCAUUUAAAUGGUGGGCGGAAUCUCUGGAUCUCAUCCUGAAUACCAAUGACAGUCUGCAUGGAUGGCGUAAGUUGCUGACAGGUCAAAGGUCACAGUAUGACAUCAGCAAUCAGCUGCUGGAUCGAUGCGGGAUGUGGGGCUGUCUUCUAGGGGCCGUGCUGGCGUCAAAGAUUGCUCAGUACAUCUUGACCUCUGACCUUGGUCUGCGCAUGGAGAGCUGCUUCCUGUCUGCGUUCCUCUUCAAGGCUUUAUUCCGCGCCUCCCUGCCCCACCCUACUGCGGACAGGGACUACGCUCUGUAUGAGAUCGGAGAGGGUUGUGAGGUGCAGUACCUUAUCCCAGGCGUGGACCUACUAUCGGAUAAGUACCGCUGUGAUGGGAGGACGUUGUUGGCAUCGCUGAGAUGGGUUGCUGAGGAGCUGUCCAGGGGCAGGCAUAACCUAAUGGUUCUACCUCUGCUGACAUUGUACCAGUAUAUGACAACCUUUGUCUGCAGAGAUUUACAACGAGCUGUGGACGGACGUAUCCUCAAGGUGAGAAUCUUGACUGAAUUGAGUCUGUACAAUGAAGCCUUUACCGUCCUAUCUCGUCUGCUUCAUGGAGAACGACUACCACAGACUGCCGAUAACAACUUCAGACAGGUGGAAUCAAAGAUGUCUUCUCAGAAGUUUAAUUCCUGCAAGCCUGUGAUGGAACCGACCAAUCUCAAGAUGUUAGAAACACUGAUUGACAAGAGACUAUCACCGUCCUUAGCUACGCUGUACGGACCCCACCUGACCUGUCACUUGUCCCUUGCUCAGGCACACCUCAUGGUAGCGAUCUCAUCUACUAUACAAGUUAUGCCGGAUCAAGACUUUGUCAUACUUAACUCUACUCCUGAGCCUCAACAGCGGAAACCAAGCCCAACCACCAGUACCACAAUCAGCAAACCGCCGACGUCAAUCAUAUCAAAGAAGACUGAAAAGAUUCACACUAAGAUCACAUUAGAGAAUGCACUAGCAUCCGAGGAAGGCUCAGUGGAAAGUCUGACGAUUACUGAAGACACAGGCAAGAAGUUUACAGGAGGGAAGAGACCACUCACAUUGGAAGCUGUCAAGGGAGGAUUGUUAAGGACUGCAGAACAAACUCUGAAGAUUAUGGUCGAGAUUAUUCAAGGACAAGCAGCUGGGGGCCAAUCUGCAGCCGAGUUGGAACUUAUCGUCCUAGCUAAGCUAGAGUUAGCGUCAGUCUAUAGAGAGCUUCAUCUAGUAGCAACCAGUGCCCAGGUCGUCCUGUCCGCUAUGACGGCUCUACAAGGAAGCAACUUGUUUGACGAGGUUAAGAAAUCCAAAGUACCACGCAGGUUGUCAUCCUUCAAGGGCAGUAAGAUGAGACUCCACAUGGAUUCCCAGCCUGUACCAACCCCGAUGGAUAUAGAAAGCCCCAGUCAGUACCAGUACCAGAACUUCCAGAGCAGAUCACGUCUGGACGCCAGGCUAUGGUUGGAUUGCCGUCUAGCUUUGGUGAAAUGCCUGAUGGGGCGUGUCAGGGGCAUGUCGUUGGUUGAAAGUACAGUGAGUCCUUUGGAUGGCUUGGACUGUCGUCAUUUCUGCAUGCAGGGACUGACGGAGGCUGAAGCUUGCGGUGACAACGAAAUGCAAGCUGAGUUCCUGAUGGAGGGCGCUCUUCUAGAUCUACAAGAAGGGCGGUCCCUGGAUGAUAUUAAACAAACUCUACAGGAGGUUGUGAGUCUCUUGGAGCAUCAACAGACCCUGUCUUCCCCUGGUUGUCUCCUCCUUGCUCUAGCCAAGAUUCAGCUAACCGAUCUUCAAGGGUUAUCAGCUCAUACCUACCAGAAGGAAAAGGGUGAACCGAUCACAAAGCACACCCUGGCAGCCUACUCGGAGGCCCAGGAGAUCCUACUGAAUCAGAUGAUGCUACUUGGUGAGAAGAUCGAGAGGAACAUCUCCACUCCAUGUCUCUCUGCUCCGACGGACCCUCUUCUUAACAUCUACUUACCUCAUCUACUGUACCUGGGUAAGGUUAAGAUGAGGAUCGGCCAUGCCCUGGCACGACAAGCUACCCGGGAACAAGCCAAGAACGCUGAAAAAUCUCUUGGUGAUAUCAGCCCUGAUCCCUGGCUGAAUGCCGCUGGGGUUCUCUCCACCGGGCUGGAAUUAGCUCGCGUCUGCGCUAGACAAGAAGGUAGCCUCGUAGCGGAGUUCUUACUCCAUCUCGGCAAGGUCCAACGUCAACUUGCACGAUGUAGAGCCUACCAACCGAGGGCAGUUGUCAUAACCCUGCUUGAAGCUGUCCGAGUCAGCAUGGGGGCUAAUCAUGAUUUAAGUGUGAUACGCCAAGCCUAUCUAGAGAUUGCCCUUUUGUAUCUGGACAGCGCUAGCCAGAGGUUGAAGGUAAUCAAUGAGUUACAGCAAGCGGAGCGCGAUGAGCCUAAAGCUACCGCAAACAUUCCGUCACCGGAGAAAAAGAAGAAAUCUAGGACGUCGUCCUCGUCUGCCUCCAAGAAAGGCUCUCGUACCCCCACUGCCUCCAAGGCGCCCACCAAGAGAGAUCUAGCCGAGAAAGAAGCCGUCGCUGAACGGAACAAAGAAUUAACAGCAGCUUGGACAGCUGUACAGGCGGCUACUACAGUUGCCUUGGCCCAACGUACCUUGGCUCUGCUGAUUGGUGACCCCUCAUUGACCUCUCUGACCUUAAAGGACAGGGUCAAAGGUCUGAUUCCGGACUUCGUGAUGCAGGAUUUGAAGAGCUCUAAGAAAGUGGAGCGAAGCGUUUCUCCCCCGACCGGCAUCAAGCAGACCCUGGAGACUUUAAACGAGCUGAAGCCUGACUUGGAAGACGACCUCUUAUCCAGUGGUUCACCGUCCCCAUUGCCUUUCAUCACGGGGUCGACCAAACCAUCCUCAAUCAGUUGGAUCCACCUAUUGAGCUACACCUCAAUCCUCCAGCGCACCUGUAACCUAGACUCCAUGGGGCUCGGGGUGGACGCCGAGGGCCCCCAGGCCGAGAGUGGUAGCCUCGGAGCUGGAUUCGAUCUCGGGUUCGUAAAUCACAGCGGGUUUGACACCGGGGUGAACCACGAGGUCGUCCGUCUUCCUCUACUCUGUGGAGACAGCUUGAUACGUCUACGAAGCAUGCUCGGAUUCCUUAACACCCACCUCCAAGUGUUCGCCACGAGCUGUCAGGCUAACAAACCACCGCAAGGUCUUGCUCUACCUUUUACAGGAGCAGCAACUGAGCUCUCAAUCCCGUCGAAGACCUAUCCAGAGAAUUUCUUUUGUUUCAAUAGCAAACUAGCCGGGGAUGACACAAACAAGAACGCCCCCAAAGGAGUGGAUAAACUUCAGGCAUCGUCCAGCGAGAAUGAGAUAUACCUACAAUGGUAUCAGCCGUCCACUCACGACUCCAGCACAUCCACAAUCAGGCAGAUCCUGUUACUCUACGCCAUCAGUUCCCCUCCAACACCGAAGGCGUCGUCGGCGAAAUCAUCCACCCCAGACCCACCCCGUCCCAUCGUAGGCAGUAUGACCCUCUCACUGCCCGUGGUGACAGAUCUCCACGAUCGACUUGCCGUCCUCAGACAAAAAGCGGAGAUCUCCCUACAAGCUGAGAAGGUGGAGAAACCCAAGCCACCGAGUACCCCAUCGGGUACGCCCACUAAGGAUGGGACUAUUACGCCCGGUAAACCCACCAACAGGAAAUCAAAGAGGACAGCUCGCAUUGCACAGCUGUCUGCAAAAGUCAAACGGGAUGAAAAUCUGGAGGCCUUGUUAAGACAGUGUGUGGAGAUGGUGCAAGAUCUACUCAACUACAAACCACCGGAGCAAGAUCAACAAGAUCCAAAACCGAUUCCAUUUGAAGUGCAGCUGCCACGUAUUCACAGUCUAGAGCAGUUGUUUGAUCCAAGCUACGGAGACCAUCUGAAAGGAAGCAAGCUGUACGAGUGGCUAGCACCGAUGCUACAACAAUAGCUCAAACUAUCACUCAUUUCAGACACGCGCACUAGAGUCGUGCCGAACCAAACUCUGAAUUAAGUAUAUAGGAGCGACUGGACGCGCUAGAAGUCAAAAGAUCUACAGUUACAGUUGUUUGGACCGCCUCUGGAGCGCCUUGGUUUCAGACGUUGAUCUUGUCAUGAGCCGAACCAACGUAAAUGUUAUGUUAAGCUUGCCUGUCUGAAACCAAAAUUUAUUUGGUUCGACCUAGAGUCACUUCAAAUCUAGUUAAUUCCCAACUUCAUAGAGCUUCUUAAGGGGGUGGGGCAUUUUGCCUUCCAGCGGGUGGGGAGGAGCAUGUUUUCUGUGUUUAUUUUGUGUGAGGGGCACUACAUCUGGAUUUUUGUAUGGGGGCACCCUACCCCCUCUCGAAUUCCACAUCUUGCAGAAACUUGUUGCCCCCCCCCCCCUUGACUAGAGAGGACAAUUAACAAGAGGUAAAAGACUAUUUAUGUGUAAGGGACAGUUAGGCAAUUUGUGACUGAGACACCCCGAACAAGCUAGGUACUCCUUUUAAAAACAACCAAAAGUCAAUAGGUUCAGUGGUAGAAAUGAAGUCACUGAUUGUAUUACACAGUUUCACAUUUGAGCUGUUUUUUGGUUUGGAGCAAGCACUAGGAGAAAAUUGGUCUAAUUUUUUCUUAUGGGUAAUACUUCAAUACUCAAAGGAAUUGAAAGAUAUUUGUACAUUUCAGAUUAAAUUAAAAAAUGCAGUGAGGUGUUACUAUUAUUAAGUACAAGACCGCCGGACUUGUACAGUUGUGAAUUUACUGUCCCGGGCCUCGGGCCUUCCGUCCAUUGUUAAUUCCAUGUGUUGAUUGAUUGAUUGUAAAUAUUAUUGACUGAUUUCACCAAUCUAUUCAUACCAAAGACAGUUCAUUCAUUCUUACCAUGGUUGAGAGGAGAUCACGUGGCUAUGUUCAAAUGUGCGAUAUCAGGCCUGUAUGCUUCAUUUUUGAAAAGGCAAGGGCACCAAGGCAUUUUCUCUUUGGCAAAGGGCA